AUGACCAUCAAGAUCCGGCUUGCGCGCUUCGGCCGCCGGAACGCCCCUUUCUACAACAUUGUCGUCGCACAUGCUCGUACCGCAAGAAACUCCAAGCCUCUUGAGGUCAUUGGCACAUACGACCCCAUCCCAAAGGCUGACCCCUACGACGACUCCGGUCGUCUGCACAAGGACGUCAAGCUCGAUAUCCUGCGCGCAAAGUACUGGAUCGGUGUAGGCGCCCAGCCAACGGAUACCACGUGGAGAUUAAUGUCAAUGAUGGGCAUAAUGCAACCGAAACACAGGGACCAGACACCGAGGACAGCACCACCACUGCCGGAGGGCAUCACCAAGGAGGCAGGCGCAGCAUGA